UUCCCUCCUAUUCUGCCACUUUUUCUGUCAACACGCUGCCGGUUGCCGAGAGCGACUUUUUUAGACACGAUUCCCUAAAUACUUGCAACAUUUCGUGUAACCACAAUGCAUAAAUCUGAUAUUUUGCGUUCUCAUUUAUGCAGACACCAAGUUGAGAACGACCAUGAUGACAGCGAGCACAGCCACGCCGAGUCAAGAGAAGGAACAACCGACGACGAGCCGAUGGUAAUAUCGGAUGUUGUGCCCUCGCAAGCCUUCCAACCACCUGUGGGGCUGCCCGAUGGACCUUUGGCGGCCCACCGGGGCCCUCCGACGGCCCACCAUUUGGCCAUCCCGUCGGCCCACCAGUUGCCUCAGCAAAUGCACGACGUCCACCAACAACAAUUUGCAGCUCACCUUCCAAACAAUUUUUAUCCGUCUCAAAUUCAACCGAAUUUCACAAGCCAAAUUCAACCCCCUGCUUACCAAAAUAUGGUCACAAACCACCCCAGAAUGCCAAUGAACACCUUCACCCACCAUGGUUAUCCUAGCACCAUCCAACAGUCGCACGGACAAAUUGUGAGGGCCAACAAUAUCGGGCCUGUUUGCAGAAAUGUCUCCAACCAAGCCACUUGCGAGCUUCCGAGCAUGGAGGAGUUCCCCGGAAACUUUGAUUUCCAAAUUCAUGUGGCCAAAGCCUUGGAGGACAGCAAACGUCCUGCUUGGGAGUACUCCGAGAUACUCAACAAAUUGUAUGUGAUGGAAGGGCGAAAUGUGCCAAUUCAAUUUAAGGUGAACAAUAUAGACCCUUCAAUGUACGUCCGUGCCGUAGCUGUUUACUGCGAUCCUGAUUCUUCUAAUAAGCCGGUGCUGAGAUGCCCCAAACACAUGAGACUUGACGAACCCCUAAACAAAGACUACGGCUACAUUGACCAUGUAAUUCGAGCCAACAACCAGAACGCCAGCUAUGAAAAAGACCCACAAAGUGAGCGCAGAAGUGUUUCUGUACCUUUGGGAAUACCUCAGCCUGGGUCUGAAUACGUGACCGUCCUGUAUUCCCUGAUGUGCCGAAGCAGCUGCGACAACGGCAUCAACAGAAGAAGCUUGGCCUUAUUGUUUACUUUAGAGAUUAGUGGAAGGGUGAUUGGUCGACAAGUGCUUCCCAUCCGAAUAUGUGCUUCUCCUCACAGGGAUCGGAUGCUAGAUGAAAGGAAAGCCACCAAAGGCAGUAUCUGCGGACAGGCUAGUCCGGGUGGACUAACUGUGAAAGAAGAGGACAUGUCCUCAAGAAUGAGCCAUCUUCCAGAAUCUCCUGAUGAUCACCUUGGACCAUUGGACCAAAUGUUCUUCGUCCCUGUAAAUAACUGUGAUGAUUACAUCGUCCUUGCUCGUUUGGCCAAAGACCUUGUUUUGAGGGACUACCCUGAAGGCCCCCUAAAAGACGCAGAACUGAACAGGUACCAGUCCAUCCUCAACACCAUGGGCGACAACCAGCAGUGAGUUUGAAGAUACUGAGUUUGAUGGGUACUGAUAAAACUAUCGAAUACAUUGUUACGACUAUAUUAUGUUUAUUGUUUACGAGUGCAAACAAUUUUGCACUCAAAUCAUGCAGUUCAAUGAUGCACAGCAAGAACUUUUGUAUAUUUUCAUUUAUUUUGUAACGAGACUUCAUGAAAGUCUGAUUAAGUUUUAUUAUAAAACAUAGCAUCAACCAACAAA